AUGUUAAAAAUAUGUGCAAGAUCUGACUUAUUCUAUUCGUUUUUUAAGUCCUUGGUCGGUAAGGAUGUUGUUGUGGAAUUAAAAAAUGACCUCAGCAUUUGUGGCACCCUGCACUCUGUUGAUCAGUACUUAAAUAUAAAAUUGACAGAUAUAAGUGUAACUGAUCCAGAUAAAUAUCCUCACAUGUUGUCAGUAAAAAAUUGUUUCAUUAGAGGAUCAGUGGUACGGUAUGUACAAUUACCAGGAGAUGAAGUGGACACCCAGUUGUUGCAGGAUGCUGCUCGCAAAGAAGCAGCAGUGCAAGCAAGAUAG